ACUUCGGUACACCGUGUUAAGGCUUCUCCUGGCUUGUCAGGACCUCGGAGCGGAUGGCUGAGCCUCUAUACCGUCUCACUUCAUAAUCAAAGAGAUUUUUUCCAAUGGAAAAUAUUUAAGAAAAAAUUGAAGGGGAAAAGAAGAAAAGGUCUGUCGCAAGGAGGAAAUAGGUAAUGCGAUAGCUGUCCGCGCGAUAAAGCAACAUGGCAUCCGCGUACACUGACGACGAAUCGAUGAACUGGGAGGGAUUGGACUUUGUAUACCGUUUUAAACUAUAUACAUGCUUAAUUUAAUCCUAAAUAAACCGAGUGCGCUCUGUGGUGAACCUACCCGUGUUUGAUAGCGGAGUACCCGGGUUAAGGCCUGUAGUUAUACCAGACCUAUGUGUUGGGUCGGAGGAGGGCCAUAUGUACGAUAGUCUCGCUUGGAUUGUUAAACACUUUCUCCGUCAGGAGGGUGCCGCCAAACGUCGAUUCUCCCUACCCAUACACGUAAAACCACGACACUCAGUCAGAUAGGCUCCGCCAGGCAUGUUCAGAAGCUGGUAUAAGCCAAAAUAUGUUGUCGUCAAUCAGUUAUUUCCUCCCUGUCAUGCUUGCACAGGAUAUUUCAUUGUCGUUUUCAGAAGAUCUGUGGCAAGAAUCGAGAGAACAGAUGCAGAAACAAGGACAGAAAAUACUGACAGAGGAAAAGAGGCGUGCUUACAGCCUGCUAUCUGGGCGCACACACCUGGUAACGGUCAGAUUUCUAUUAGAGCAUUCGAGUGGAACUACGAGGCGGAAGUGGAUAGACAACUUACCGGAUACAAAGAAUUACUAUACAAGAAGAAUUCCGAAAAUAUAUUUGUAAUAGAAGGAUCUUGUGUAUUACCAGGAGAAAGAAGAAAGAAGAAGGAUUCCGAAGAAGACGGCCCUAGUUUUGUCUUUGGUUAUCUAGCUGUAUGAUUGUAUCUGAUAUAUCAUAAAGCUAGGUUACCAAAGGCAAAAAUGGUGGUCCAAUCCUGCUUACUCAUCGAUUGCUCUGGACCAGCAAAUAUUUUCUCAUUAUCGUGACUUUUCAUCACCAAUACUGGCUUUUCUGUCAAUACUAUAUUACACGAUUUCUCUUAAUAUUUUUUCUUGGUUAAGAUUGGUUUGCAACUAAUUCGUAGUCUUCUCGGACUUAUGCUAUAUAUUGUUUAUGUGUCUUUUCAGUUUAACGGGUGUGAACCCUGCUUUACAAUAUGUAAAUUUAUAAUAUAAUGAUAAUACUUUUAGACAAUUAUUUAUUUAUCGUUAUUUGAUCCUUAUCUAUAGCUGUGAUUUACUCGUAGGCUAAAUUGUUAUUCACCUCUUAAUUGCUUCACCUGUUGAAGGUAAGUAUUGAUUUCAUGAAUGUAUUGAUUGUAAUAUGCACUUGGUCUAAAAUUGGACACUGAAUCUCAAUAAAAUUUGUCAUU